CGUGUGAUUAUAAUCGGCUAUCCAUUUGCAUAUUCAGAAGAAUCUCAGAUUCAGAGUUCCCACUUCCCAGCAGAAUAUGAAUGCAGUAGCAGCUCUCCAUCUCCAUGGCUUUCAAUUUCCCAUUUUCCUCUCGUUCCUCGGGCAGCCCAGGCUGGGAGGAAAACCCAUUUACUCUCUGAAAGCUUGUUAAAUUUGGCAGAGAUUGCAGAUGGACCUUCACUCUUCCACUCCCAAAAGGACUUUCCUUUCUCGACGGUUUCAUGCAUAAGAUCUGAUGGAAAUAGAAGACGGGGACCUCCCCGGAGAAGUUCUGCCUCGAGAAGAAUAAAUGAGGAUGAAAAUGAGACACCUCAGUCAUCAUCCAAUGGUAAAAAGUCCAACGCAUCUGACCAGGAAGAGAUUAUUGCUCUGUUCCGACGAAUCCAGUCUUCAAUCUCAAAGGGAGAGUCUGUGAGUACUAAGAAGACAAAUUCCAAUGAGUCUAAGGAUAAGCCAUCGCCUGACUUAAUUCUAGAGGCUCUUCGCAAAUCAAGGAAACAAAUUAAAGACAAGCCUUCAAACAAAGAAGGUAAGAAGGUGUUGACAGGAAAAAGAGGGGUGCCUCAAAAAGAGGAGGUAGUAGAGAACAGUCCACCGGUAGCAGGCUUAAAGCCAACUCGACCACCAUCUAAGUUUGUGAAGAGAUCCCCCAUACCAUCUCGACCACCAUCUAAAUUCGUGAAGAGAUCCCCCAUACCAUCUCCAUCAACCCCAAGAGGAAGGACGCUUGAGUUGAAUAAUGAAGCGUCGCAGGCUAGAGCUGGAAGCAAUGAGUUAAAGUUUCAGAGAAUAGAGGAAAUGAAACUAACAGAACUUAAAAAACUAGCAAAGUCUAGAGGGAUUAAGGGUUACUCAAAACUGAAGAAGAGCGAGCUUCUAGAAUUACUAAGGUCCGAAAACAAUGUGAAGUCUCCCUGAAAUUGGAGGACAUAGAAAGCUGGAGUUUAAAGUUAUUAAAGGACAAAAGAAGGUGAACUGAAAAUAUUUCAUGCUAUAUAUUGAAGGUCCACCAUUUUGUUGUUAGUGUCUCGUUUUCAUCUUCUCUAGUUGUUUGGUUCAACUGAGUUCAACGGCUUCUCGUUUUCAUGACGUGCAAAAUUAGCUACAUGAAUGGCCUGGUUGUAAAUUUGUAAUGCCCUCCCUCCUGCAGUUAGACAGCACCAGCCGUCCUUUUUCCCCCUCUCUGGACUAAGGUGUAGUUUUCUAAGCCUAUCUGUUGCAGAAUUUCUUACAAUCUUAAUGCGUUCAAUUCCAAUGACUUGUUAUGGUGGAA